CGCCUAACGGCCGCCGGCCCCGGCCCCGGCGGCGGGCGUGGGGCAGCCCGGGCCGUGCAGGGUCCUGCCCUUCCCCUCCCGGCACCGGGCCCGGGGUCGGCGGGCGCCCUCGGCUCGGGUGAGGGGAGCAGCGGGGUCGUGCCGCCCGCGUCCCCUCGGCGCUGGGAGGGUGACGGGCGGGUGGCACCGGCUGCUGCAGCCUGAGGAGGAGGAAAGCUGGUUCACCUCCAGCAUGAACUACCCCGGCGUGACGAGGCGUUUAAAUAUUCUGCAGAUAAGCAGCGAGCCCUGGAAGAAACCAAAGCCUACACAACCCAGUCAUUAGCAAGCGUAGCCUAUCUGAUCAACACUUUGGCCAACAAUGUUCUCCAAAUGCUGGAUAUCCAGGCAUCCCAACUUCGACGCAUGGAAUCUUCAAUCAACCAUAUUUCACAAACGGUGGACAUUCACAAAGAGAAAGUUGCUAGAAGAGAAAUUGGUAUCUUGACUACAAACAAAAACACCUCAAGAACUCACAAAAUCAUUGCACCAGCUAACUUGGAGCGACCAGUUCGCUACAUCAGGAAACCUAUUGAUUAUACAAUUCUAGAUGAUAUUGGACAUGGAGUGAAGUGGUUGCUUAGAUUUAAGGUCAGCACACAGAAUAUGAAGAUGGGUGGUCUGCCUCGUACAACACCACCCACCCAGAAACCACCAAGUCCACCGAUGUCUGGAAAAGGAACUAUUGGGCGUCACUCUCCCUACCGUACGUUGGAGCCAGUACGGCCUCCGGUGGUACCCAAUGACUAUGUGCCUAGCCCAACACGCAAUAUGGCUCCCUCACAACAGAGCCCUGUUAGAACAGCUUCUGUGAAUCAGAGGAAUCGCACAUACAGCAGCAGCGGGAGUAGUGGAGGAAGCCACCCGAGCAGUCGGAGCAGCAGCCGCGAGAACAGUGGAAGUGGAAGCGUGGGUGUUCCUAUUGCUGUUCCCACGCCAUCUCCUCCCAGUGUCUAUCCAGCCCCUGCUGGCUCCGCUGGCACUUCUCCCCUUCCUGCUACCUCUGCCUCUGCCCCCCCUCCUGCUCCUGCCCCUUCCUCCACUGCCCCAGAUGCUGCUGCUGCUGCUGCAGGAGCUCAGCCCCUUGCUGAUGGCUUCACUUCUCCAACUCCCCCAGCUGUUUCUUCCACACCCUCCACAGGUCACCCAGUUCAGUUCUACAGCAUGAACAGGCCUGCAUCUCGACACACACCCCCAACAAUAGGGGGAUCUUUGCCAUAUCGGCGUCCUCCUUCGAUCACAUCACAGACAAGCCUUCAGAACCAGAUGAAUGGAGGACCGUUUUAUAACCAGAACCCAGCAUCCCUUGCUCCUCCUCCCCCCUCCAUCCUACAGGUAACUCCACAGUUACCACUAAUGGGAUUUGUGGCCAGAGUUCAAGAAAACAUUUCAGAUACUCCUCCUCCGCCACCGCCUGUGGAUGAGCCAGUGUUUGAUGAAUCUCCACCUCCACCCCCACCUCCAGAGGAUUAUGAGGAGGAGGAAGCAGCUGUGGUAGAGUACAGUGAUCCAUAUGCCGAGGAGGACCCUCCUUGGGCACCAAGGACCUACUUAGAAAAGGUGGUGGCGAUCUAUGACUACACGAAGGACAAAGAAGAUGAGCUCUCAUUUCAGGAAGGUGCCAUCAUUUAUGUCAUCAAGAAAAAUGAUGACGGCUGGUAUGAGGGAGUCAUGAAUGGAGUGACGGGGCUCUUCCCAGGGAACUAUGUGGAGUCGAUCAUGCAUUACUCGGAGUGAAGACUAGAGGACAGAACACUGCAUCUCCUGCUGCAGGAGCUGUCAGGGCUUCCCAGAUCUCCACCAGCCUCUGGGGCCCUAUCCAGUAUAACUGAAUGAAGGAUAAUUGUAACAACCACUCUUUUUGGUUUUGUUUUGUUUUGGUUUUUUUUGGUUUGGGUUUUUUUCUCCCCUUUCCUCCCCUCUCAUUAUAAAACAAUAGUUAUUUGAAUUGUUUGAACGAAUGGCUCUUCCGGCUGCCAGCAGAGGCUAUCCUGAGCCAUCUGAUGUUGAAUUAAGCUGACCCAUUCAGAUACAACAAACUCAUUGAGUAGCUGAUACUUCACUCAAAUUCUGACUUCUUCUGACAGGCUUUGAGAUCUGUCUCAGGAAUCCUGUGUGCCCUCGUGGCACUACCCUUGGCAGCAGUGCCUGGCGCUUGGCAUGUCCUGGAUGCUGGCGGUGAAGGGUUACGGGCCAGUGGACCACACUCCUGUGCAGCUGGAAGAACAGUCGUGUGCUAGCAAACACUGGGAUUUCUGCACAGAGCCAUUCCUGUAACUGACUUCCAAAUAGUUGGAUACAUCUUUAGCAUAAACACUUCUGCAGCUGCUCUGCACAUGUAGGCUGACACAGGGGCACACAGAGCUGGCUUUCAGUCACUCACCUUUCAGUUUAGACAAUUAAGAUGGCUGCAGCCCAGAGGACCCCCACCCCAUUUCCUCAUCUUUUGAAUGCCACAGAUUUGUUUUGUGUUCUGCACUGAUGUAAAUGUGCUCCUCUCUGCAGGGAGCUACUUGCCAUGGGUGCUGCCGGUUUAAACAGAACUCACAGAUGCCGUUGAUGGUGAAGGUGAAACAAAGUUUACAGGUCCUCCUGGGGUCAGAGGAUAAACUCUAGGGGCUGUGAUCUAAGGUUCAGAUCUACUCACGCCUGCUUGCACUAGAGAAACUUACCCCCAACUUUAGUCUUAUGCACAAUAUAAUCUUAAAAAUCCAAUCAGGUAUUGUAAAUUGGCUAUUUUGUACUUGAUGACUAGAUUUGCAUAUGUACUGUGAGAGCCCUGUGCAGAGGCAGGACAAACGGCAGUUGUCGUCUUCAUGUCUGUUGCCAAAAUCUCUUCAGUGGAAGUAAAAAGGGCUGUUGUGUGUACUGGUUUCCCAUGGAAAUCCAAGCAGUAACUAGUAGUAGUCCUAGCUCUUCCCCCAGCCCUCUCCAUUGUUUAUUAUAAAGAAAUAGGUAUUUUGAGCUAUACCGGUGGAUCUGGGGUGGAGUAAUACCAAGUGAAGGCUCUGUAGCCCCUUGUCUUGAUAGUUUGCUUUUUAACCUAGUCUCGGUUAAAGCUGCUGCUCAGUGAUUCUGCCUAGCAGAUUGGUGUAAACUGAUGGCUGCACUAGUCUGCCCUUAGGAAGGACUAAAUGUAAUCUCUGGGUGAAUGUCAUGCAUUAACAGAGUGAACUGAUGAAACCUCCUGUUGCAGCCCUGUUAGCCUGCAAGUUGAGCUGACCCCUGUUACUGUGAGAGUCUCCUGGGCCAGGGCAUCUUCCCGGACAGCUGUGGCCUGUCGCCUGGCCAGGUUCCAGCUGGUACCACCAGUCGCUUGUCCGAGGCGAGGCAGUGCUGCGGCUGCCUUCUGAGGCCUGUGUGAGAAACCGAACAGUGCCCGAUAGGGCGCUGUCGGCGCUGGGUUUCUGACGGUAUUGGCAACAAUACAGGUAAUUGACCCAAACCCCUUGCUUGGCAGUUAGCGCGAUAGCAGGAUGGAGGUGGGGGUUUGGUGCAAACCUGGGCAGGGAGGAGCCGUAGCUGCUCGCGGGACAGGAAGGAGGAAAGGAAGAGGUGAGGUGUGUUUGAGGCAUGUGGAUGAAUGUGAUCACCUGCUGUGAGCUUGCGCAAGAGUGAGUUAACUCCCGUGACGGUGCAUAAGGAACUAGUCUGGUUGAAGCCUACGGGAGGUACAACUUUGAAGAAACUUGUGCGAAGACAGAAGUUACUUUCUCCCCUGCUCAAGCCACAGGUGUGUGGCCAAGACACUGUUGUCUUCUGUCUGGAAGCUGACAGCAUUAUUGUUUGGGAUGAGUGUUAGCCAGAACAGAUCCCCUUCUACCUUCUUCUCUUAGAACGUUUCUCUGGGAGCAAGCCUAGAAGCACUGGUGGUGCAGGCACCGGAGUGACUGUUUCUGGUCUCACAGGGCAGGGCUACAGCUUUGGCAUGGGGAGGUGGUGCUGAUGGCCUGGGUGACUGAAUAGCAGGAUUGCACCGGCCUUUGCUGCUCACAGGGUGGUUCUUUUCCAGGAAUAUCAGAGCUUUCCCGGUUUCUCUUGGCCAGGGUACGUUUGUGGUAAAGACUGAGCACAUGGUGCUCAAAUAGAUCAAGUUAUGGCAGCUUGGUGAGGUACUAAAUGACAGCUGAACCUCUCUCCCUGGGGACUCCAGCUGGGCGGUCAUGCGUUAGUGAAAUGUGGCUUUAACUCAGUCUGUGUGAGAGCCUGUGCCUGACCGCUGACAGGUGGAUGGGAAGGGGGUGUUCUUCUGCGGUGUGGUACACACCCCUGUCCUCCUUCAUUCAGCUGGUUGUUCAUCUUGCAAGUUUUCUGCAUUGUGGGAGCAGAGCAGUGUGAACUCGGGGAAGUGCUGAACGCUUGCCAGAGCUCAGCACAGAGGAUGAGGCUGCAAAACCUUGAAAGUGGAAUGUGUGAAGGUCCUUAAAGAACUGGCUUUGGUCUGAUGGGCCAGGGGUUGGUUUGGUCCCUGCUAGUAGCAUGUGGAAUUGUUUAUCCUGCAAGAGCUGCUGGGGAUGGAAUUUUUGGGUCACCUCCUGCUGGUUUUAUGCUUUAUUAUGCAGUACUAAUGUAAAGAAGUUUUUUGAGUUUUAUGCAUAUUUUUUAUUUUGUACAGAUUUUAAUUCUGUGGCUUGUUUGGGGAUAAUGUGAUGUAAUGGUCAUAGACCAGGCCAAGGUAAACAGGCUUUGUACAUUAAUGCUACAUAGAUUGCAUGCUAGUAAAGUCAGUGAGGGUUGUGUUUCCAGUUUUGUCCCUUGUACUUCUCCAAAACCUUUUCUCCCCCUGCCUCUCUUUGUUUACUUUAAAAGGAGGGGGAGAAGGAGGGGAGAGAAACACCUCAGUAUUUCAAAUACAUGCACAAAAUCUCUUCAGAGUUCUGCUGCCACAGCUGAAGGUGCUCAGCAUCACAGGCUGUUGAGUCGGCGGUGUGUGUGCGUGAGAGGUGGGGGAAGGAGAUGCUCUGGAAUAGCCCAAAGAGUGCUGGAAGGCCAAAGCGAGUGCGUUUCUCCCUUUGUGAGAGCUGCCUUAGCCCAGGCAGCUGUUUGCGUUGUGCACAGAAAUGGGUCAGCAUCCUCUAGCGGUGUAUUUUGCCUUGAUUUGCUGUAUCGGAGAUUUCUUCCUUGCUCUGGGCCCCAGGGACAAAGCUAUUAACUACAGCUGCCUCUCCGCCGUGUGCCUGCAUGAGAGGAGGUCUGACUGAGCCUGUCCCCAUCUAGUGCUGCAGCAGGUUAUGUUGGUGCCUUCUUUCCAGCCUGAGAGAGAUGGCUGAGGUUGCAUGCGUCUCACCUGUUCCCUCACCCCCCUCUUUAUUUCCCCCCCCCCCCCCCCAUCGUGGAUUCAUGUUCUUUGUUUCUCUCUCUGGCUGUUGCAGCAGAGGGCUGAGAGGGGCAGGAGAAGCAAGCAGCAAAUGUGCUUGAACAUCUUGAUGGUGUGUGUGCCCAUGCCCGCUGGCUGGAGCAGGCACCAGAGAGCUGAGGCACUGCCUGAGGACUUGCUGGCCGGACUGGUGAGGCACAGGCAGACACCAGUGCCCUGGAGGACUCUCACUGCAGGACAAGGUGUGGCGUGGCCCCAGGGGGGAUGGCAGAGCUUGGUGUGUGUUAGCAGGAGGCUGACUGUGUCCCCGGGAUUCAGCUCGUCCUUGCAGUCAAUUGAGUUUGCGUGUUCCUGAAAGUGUCUGGAGGUUGUGGCUGGUUUGAGCCACAGCUCCCCCCAGUCCCUGUGGUCUGUGGGGGGGUGGCUUACCAGUGGGUGCCGGGAAGGCUUAGACCUGGCUAGUUCUUGCUUGAGCAGUUUGUUCUCCUUUCACAGCUCCUGGGCAUUUGCUGUCUUUGCUGCUGAGGGUUCUUGGUGGCAGCCAAAGUUGACACUGGCAGUGAUGGAGCUUCUGGAAAGUGGCACUUCUACCUAGGGUGUUUCAGUUGAUCACAAGAAGAAAGCGAGGCAGCACCAGGAUGGAUGCUCCUGUUCUGGCAGAGGGGAGGCUGCCUGCCCCCUGUGUACGUGCGUAUUGUGGACUAGAGGUGGAGGAGGGUUGUGCACUGAUAGAAACCGUUGCGCUUCUGUGGCGUCUCCCGCCAGUGCUUGGUGGUGACUUAAUGCUGUGCUCUUCCCAGCAGCUUCCACCCCUUCCCAGCUGCGGCUGUGCCUCUCUGCUGGAAGUGAGCUCUCCUUGUAGUAGUCAUGUCCUUGGGCUUCAGGCAUAAAUCAAAAGCAAAACCUUCGUGUUUUCCUUUCUGGAAAGAACGGGACUUCAUGUGGGUUAGUAAAUUGGGAGCUUUUCCAGGGCUUGUCCUCCCAAAGGUGGGCCAGGACAUGUCGUCUUGUGAGACAGGUGGUGUCUGUAUUCUCCGCAGGACAACUUGUUGGAAGCUGCUAGAGGAUGCUGCUGGAAAGCCCGUGGCGCUGCGGGUCCUACCGGGAGUGGUACUUGCAUUGAGUAGUCACUGACUGAGCACUGCAGCGGUUCAGGAAGCAUUGCAAACCCCAGGCAGAGACUUCACUUCCCGAAUUGACAACAGUGGCAGUGAGAAAUGUACAGCGCUGUUGCAUUCACUAAGGCAAGUAUUUGCAACCCGUAUCUCUAGAGAAGAGGGUGUUGUAAAAACCGAGCACUAGCAGGUAGAUGAUGAGCUAUAGCUUAUGGGGUACCACUUUCACAAAUUUACUGUGCUUACAGGCAUACAGCCACCUUCCCCAGCUUUUGGCAUCUCUCAGUAUUAGGUACUGCCACAUUUUGUGGAAGAAAUGGUGUUACAGAGGUCAGAAUAGUGCAAGAAGGGAACAGGGUGGGUUUGUGUUGGUUUUUGUUUUUUUUUUUUUUUUUUUUUUUUUGCUUCCCCCGGUAGCUGAAGUCAGUGUGUAGUAACAAUCCUAGUGCUCUAUUUUUUAUUUUGGAACGGCAAGAAUAAUGGGACCCCCACCUCAUGUCCAUGGGAAGGUCGCCGAAAGCUUGAUGGGGCCAAGGUUUACCAACUGCUGUUACAAAGAAUAAUUUACAGACAGUGGUGUUCUGCUGCUUUCAUUCAAAGCAGCCCACUGCGAUGUUUUGUGCCACCUCCUGCCCUUGCAGGAAGUGGUUUUUCUUUGGCAAUCUAACCAUUAAUUUCACUAGCACCUUUGGUUAUUACAAGAAAUACUUCAAAACAGUAAAGUCAGCAGCAGCCUGUUGUCCAGAGGUAAGCCUGCCCCCAGCAUCCUGCUGACCCCUGACGUGGUGACUGCUGAAAUGUGUGCAGUACGUUUUUUCCUGUUUCUCUUAAAACCUCAGAAGAAUCCUGCCGCUAGUGACUAACGAGGAAGAGCUGUGUACAAAUUCAUUUCCAUUACAGCGCCUUGGUAAAGUGCUGACAUGUCUGAGAUUAUUUUGUAAAGAACAAGUGCUGCUUUUCACAUUUGGAAAAGUGUCUUUUGCAACUUGCAUGGACAAGUAGUUUCUAUGAAUUCUCCAGAAAGGUCAGUGUCUAACAUGGAUUUUGUCCAUGCACUUUUUUUCUGAAAGCAGAGCCCCCUCUGCCCCCAGCUUUGGUUCGCAGUCAGAGGAGCAGCACGCUGUGCUUUUGCUUUUGGCACUGCUGAUGCAGUGGAUGAGUGCAGAGCCCACUGUAAAUGACCAAGCCUGCGGGACUCUGGGGAGCUGUAUGCCACCAGUAACGUUUUAUUGUGUGUGCCAUUUGAACCACCUUCCAGUGAGUGCAAAUCCCAAUUUUUACAUUUUUUUAAUUGUACUUGGAAUUAACUGUUGCUGUGUACUAAACCCUCUUGUUACAAGCCCUGAAUAAAAAGAACAAAGCACA